AUGUUGGAAAGCGAUGACUAUGACCGCGCGAUCCGGGCCAAGCUGCCCUUUUGCUCCCAGUUGGUGACAGCGGGACACUCCAUGGGUGGCGCUCAAGCCGAACUCUUCAGCGCAUGUGCCAACCGUGGACCUCCGAGUGGUGAGCAGGCUGCUCGAGAUCGAGCGCUGGUGAUGGUCCCGUGGGCGACGCCCAAACCAUUGACACCGUUCCUCGCGGAAGAGGUACCUGGCAUUUUCCUGAAGAAUCGUUUCAGUGGCCUUUGCGUGGAUGGUGUUGGUGCUGUCCAGAGCUCGGAGGCCAGCACGGUCCAGGCCAGCCUUUGCCAUGACCAGCGGCAACUACGGCAGCGUUGGCGUAUUGAGGAUGGCCGUGUGAUUAGUGAGCUGAGUAGCCUAUGCAUGACGGUCAAGGAUGCUUUCCACGAAGCCUUUGUCAUACAAGAAGCCUGCCGAUCCUCCGACGGCCGUGCUACAGAGAACCAGACCUGGCAUCUCACGGUAGAGGGCUUCUUGAAGAGCAGGUCCCACGACAAGUGCUUGAACCCGGACCUCAAAUUGACCAGGUGUCCCCACAGCGAUCAGAUUUGGGACCUCAGUGCCGAUGGGCAUUUGGUGAACCGCCUAUCAGGUCUUUGCUUGGACGUUGCUGGCGCUGCUUCUGUGGAAGGGACUGGCUUCCUUUUGCAGGACUGCAAAGAGGGCCAUGAAGGCUUAGCUUCGCAGCAGCGGUGGCAGGUGAAGGAGAAGCUGGUGCGCAGCCUUGGCAGUACCAGCUGCAACCCGGCCCGCACCAGCGAGACAGGUAGCUUGGGUUUGGUCAUCGCCCGCUGCAACGAGACGAACCAGGAGCAACAGUGGAGCUUACUUCCAUCGGGUUUCCUUCAGCAUCGGAAGACUCGCAUGUGUGUCAACGUGGAUGGUACCCCUGGCGAGGGCGUGGGAAGCUCUAUCAACCUGGCACCCUGUGAGAUGGAGGAGGUGGAAGCUCCAGGUCUUUGGACACUCACCCCUCAAGGCUUUCUGCUGAACAUCGGCAGCGACUGGCUUCAGAUCAACAAGUGCAUGAGCGCAAACCUCCCCAGCGGCGGAGACACGACGCUCAGCUUGGAGAUCUGUGAGUUCCGCAGCGCGCAGACGUGGGAGUUCAGCGAGUCAGGGCUCCGGAGCACCGUGGGCAGUCGCACUUGCAUCACUGCGGGCGAAGUGCUUCACCUCAGCCAGUGUGUCCAGUCCAAGGAGCAACAAUGGAUCUUCGAUGGGCCACAGAUCAAAAGUUCCACAGGUCAAUGCUUGACUGCCAAAGGCCCAGAGCUGAGCCUUUCUUCUUGUACCUCCAGCGCCUUUCAGCAGUGGCAGCAGGAGGACUUGAAGAAAAAGUGUCCGCAGCGGAGUGGAGGACGAGCUGUUGGAUUGGGACAUUCCCAGGUGGUGCCCAGCAGGACAUGA